AUGUCUUUCACCGGCAAAGUAGCCCUCAUCACAGGCGGCUCCAAGGGCAUCGGCCGCUCCACCGCCGAGCAACUCGUGGCUCUCGGCGCCAAAGUCGCCAUCAACUACUCCUCCGACGAGUCUGCGGCUGCAGAAGUCGUGACCAAGCUAGGCGCCGACAACGCGCUUGCCAUAAAGGCCGAUGCAGGAUCAACCAGCGGCAUCAAGACCAUUGUCGACCAGACGGUGGCGCGGUUCGGGAAAAUCGAUAUCCUCAUCGCGAGCGCCGGCAUUAUGCCGCUCGCGAACCUUGACGACUUGACGGAGGAGCUGUUCGAUAGAGUAUUCCAGGUCAACGUCAAGGGGCCAUUGUUUUUGGCAAAGGCUGCCGUACCACAUAUGGCUCCGGGAUCACACAUUGUCUUUUUCAGCACCUCGCUAUGCCACUCCAACACGGUCAUGGCUCCGCAAUUGACAUACUGCUCCAGCAAGGGUGCCAUUGAGCAAAUUACCCGCAUCCUGUCCAAGGAUCUUGCGCCAAAGGGCAUCAUCGUGAAUGGAAUUGCUCCGGGACCAACAGCGACGGAACUGUUUAUGAGGGGGAAGCCGGAUGCAUUGAUUGAGAUUAUCAAGAAGCAGUCCCCUUUUAACAGAUUGGGUACGCCGGAGGAGGUGGCGGAGACCGUGGUUUAUCUGUCUGGUACUUCGUGGGUGGCCGGGCAGACGGUGAGGGCUAAUGAUAAGACGUGCAGUUCCUCUCCGCAGAGGGCUAUACACUCACACACACUGACUCGGGAUGAAGAAAAUAUAAUGAAUCUCAUCCUCAUCACCAUCCUGCUCGCCAAGUUCAUCUCCGCGACGACUACGACGACGACACGCAUCUCCUUCCAGCAAUGGGAGUCCCAAUUCCCCAUCUGCGCCCAAUCAUGCAUGGAUACAUAUUAUGAUGUGCAAUUCGUCCCAUACUGCGGCACGCAAGCAAAGAAUAGCAUCAAGACCUCGGACUUAAGAUGUAUAUGUCAACGCCUCGAAAAUCAGAACGACCUUGUUGCGCCCGAAAAUAAAUUUACCAAUUGUAUUAUCAGUCGAUGUACAGAUACAGGAGACUUGAGCAUGCUUGGACGUGCUGCUGAUGAGGUCGCCCUGAUGUGUCAAACUACCUCCUCUUCAUCUUCCUCUAUGAAUAUUGCAGGUCAAGUGAUUGCUUGUGCAGGUCACUAA